AUGUCGACCACCGUGGAAAAGAUCAAACAAAUCGAAGAUGAGAUGGCCAAGACGCAAAAGAACAAGGCCACGUCCUUCCACCUGGGACAGCUCAAGGCCAAGCUCGCCAAGCUGAAGCGCGAGCUGCUGACGCCGAGCGGCGGCGGCGGCGGCGGCGGCGCGGGCUUCGACGUGGCGCGCACGGGCGUCGCCAGUAUCGGCUUCAUCGGCUUCCCGUCGGUGGGCAAGAGCACGCUCAUGAGCAAGCUGACGGGCCAGCACUCCGAGGCGGCGGCGUACGAGUUCACGACGCUGACGAGCGUGCCGGGGCAGGUCGUCUACAACGGCGCCCCCCUUCAAAUCAUCGACUUGCCCGGCAUCAUCGAAGGCGCCAAGGACGGCCGCGGCCGCGGUCGCCAGGUCAUCGCCGUGGCCAAGACGUGCCACCUCAUAUUCAUCGUGCUCGACGUCAACAAGCCCCUGACGGACAAGCGCGUCAUCGAGGCCGAGCUGGAAGGCUUCGGCAUCCGAAUCAACAAGUCGCCGCCUAACAUCACCUUCAGGAAGAAGGACAAGGGCGGCCUCAACGUCACGAGCACCGUUCCCCUGACGCACAUCGACCACGACGAGAUCAAGGCCGUCAUGAGCGAGUACCGCAUCAAUUCGGCCGACAUCACGAUCCGGUGUGACGCGACCGUCGACGACCUGAUUGACGUGCUGGAGGCCAAGAGCCGGAGUUACAUACCCGUCGUCUACUGCCUCAACAAGAUCGACUCCAUCAGCAUCGAGGAGCUGGAUCUCCUGUACCGCAUUCCCAACGCCGUGCCCAUCAGCUCGGAGCAUGGCUGGAAUAUUGAUGAGCUCAUGGAGGCCAUGUGGGACAAGCUGAGCUUGAAGCGUGUGUACACCAAGCCCAAGGGCAAGGCGCCCGACUACUCGGCGCCUGUGGUGCUUCGGGCCACAAGGUGCACGGUAGAGGACUUUUGUAACGCCAUCCACCGGAGCAUUGUGGAGCAGUUCAAGACGGCGAUUGUAUACGGCAAAUCAGUCAAGCACCAGCCGCAAAGGGUCGGCCUUGCGCACGAGCUGGAGGACGAGGAUGUUGUGACCAUUGUCAAACGAUGA